AUCUGGCAACAUGAUAAUAGUUUCGAUGACUGAUGAAAUAUUAACGUUUUUUAUUUAUUUUUUGCGUGAAAAUUGCUGCUCUUACUGGAAAAUCUUUGUUGAGUCGAAUUUUUUCGGAUUAAUUAAUUAGAAUCAUAAAUAAGGAAGUGUUGCUCUACUAAUUUGUACUAUGAGUUUACAGAUGGAAAGUCCUUUAACGGACAGCAAAAUGGAUAUUUCUGAUACAACAACUUCGCAGGGAUCAGCGGGUGUUUCGCCACUUGGUGAAGAUGAUGAUCCUGAUGUCUCUCAAUCACCAACGCAUAGCAUUCACAAUAUACACCAAGUACUCAUAAAAGAGCCAAUUUUGGUAUCAAACGGCACAUUGAAAAGGAAAGAUUCAAAAAUAGUAAAGGAGGUAACAUCUAAUUUAGACAAUAGAUGUGUUCGACCAGACGCAUUGCCCUUGGAGCUAAUUCCACAGCGCCAGAAUAUUGAACGUACACUAACGGACAGCCAUCCUUUGAUGUCCCCCACGGGAUCAGAUAACGAACAAAGUUCGGCAAAUUUAGUUACGACGAAUACUGAUGCGAAGCGAAACAAUUUUCCUGACGUAGUGCCGCAAUAUGAACAUGUGCAAUCGCCCCCAAAACGAAGUACAAUAAUUGAGCGAAAUACAUUAAACAACAUUCGCGGCACAGCUGUGGCACCAGCUCCAGCACACAAUACGCUGACGUUUUUACGAGCCCACAGUCCUGAUCUAUUGAGCAGCGAAUCAGAAGCAGAUGUUUCGCAGUAUCACGCUGCUGUUGAAGCCAACUUUCAGACGGUGGCGCUAAUUCCGACUGUUAGUAAUGAUGCACAGAAAAAUUGCCGGCGCAUACGAAAUGGAUCAACAAAUUGCAAUGGUGGUGAUGAUAUUUCAUCAUUAGAUUCAAUUUCAAAUCACAGUUUUGAUGAUGAUGAAGAUAUAGAACAUAAUUUGGCCUCACUAAGCCCAUCAAGUUCAUUGAUUGACGGGCUAGAUGAUGAUAGUGAAGAUGGUGAUGUUGGAGUUGUUAAUUGCAUUGACGACGAUGACGAAUUUCCAGAAGCUGCAACCCCGACUCCACAUGAGCAUUCAUUGGCGUUAACUGGUAAUAUAGAUGCAGGAACUAGUCAGUUGCCUCAAUAUUCAGCAGCUGAAGAAAGACGGGAUUCACGAAAUUGGCAAAAAAUUACAUUGCCCGAUGGUCGUACCCGAGAAAUAGAUAUGCGCGUGAUCGAGCCUUAUAAACGUGUUCUCUCACAUGGUGGUUACCUUCAAGCUGGAGGGCACAAUGCUAUUGUAAUUUUUUGCGCCUGCCAUCUGCCGGACCGCUCGCGUGCUGAUUACAGCUACGUAAUGGACAAUUUAUUUCUAUAUGUUGUAAAGACAUUGGAACAAUUAGUUACAGAGGACUAUGUGCUUAUUUAUUUGCAUGGCGGUACCAACCGGCGCAAUGUACCACCAUUUCCAUGGUUGAAAAAGUGUUACCAACUAUUGGACCGACGUUUAAGAAAAAGUCUGAAAAAUAUGUAUUUAGUGCAUCCAACGUUCUGGAUAAAGUCUAUAGUAUGGAUGACUCGGCCGUUUGUAAGUGCAAAAUUCUGGCGUAAAUUAGUUUACGUGAAAUCAUUGGAUGAACUCGCUAAGCAUGUCAUUGUGGAGAAAGCUGCCAUACCUGAAAAAGUCAAACAGUAUGAUGCGAGGCAUACCUAAAGCAAAGUUUUACUGGCAAAUCACAAUUAGUGCAUUAGGCACCAAAAAACAGCGAAAUUUCUAUGCACCUUCUCCAAUAGAUAAUGCGUUCCUUAAAAUGUUUUUUUUUUUAAUUCCAUACACUACGCAUAAAAUUAUGCUUGCAAUAUUUUUGAUUCUAGAAUUUUAGCAGGCAUGCUGAUUAUGUCCUGGAAUAUCAGUUUGCGUAGAAUAAUAUAUACUGAAGUGCAAUAAUGGGAAAUACUUUUCGUAACAUUUUAAAGUCAAAUUCUAAACUAACUGGGUUACUCUUUCGCCAAUAUUCCCCUUAACCAGUUCUAUAAACUUCAUACUAAAAAUAUUGCACUACAUAUAAAGCAUAUAUAUAUGUAUGUUGGUAUACUCAUACAUGUAUAGUUCGGCGACAUUUGUAAUUUUACACCGUUCACGAUCUCAAAUUUAUUUACUAUAGUAUUGUGAUAUUUUCGCAUUUAUUCGCUUCACUCUUCUCGCUUCAUAUACAUAAGAUACAUUCUCGUAAAUUAAAAGCAAUAAGAUUUGCACUUAGUAGACUAAAUUAAAAGCUUAAGUUAAUUAUUUCGCUAUGGAUUACUUUAUAAAAUAAUGAGAAGUUUAACUACACGAAAUAUUUGAUAAAUAUCCAUAUAAGUAAAAAUAUGUACAUCGAAUAUUUUGUAGACUUGUAUGUAAGGCACCCAGAUAGCUGGUCAGAACGAUAAUUACAAUACUCUUUUGCUUUAGUUUCUGUAGAAUAAGGGCUCGACUCAUAUUUCAUUUUUACAUCAACCGGUGCAAAAUGUUGCAUUAACGGAGUAACAUUUGAAUACAUGAUAAUUUUUUGUUUCUGGUAUGCAAUCAAUUUGCUUGCUUGGGCAGCUGUUUUCGUUUAUUCUAUAAAGAACCAAAUUUACAAUACUUUUCGAAAACUAAUCUAGGAAAUCUAUAAAAAUUUCAAUAAAUAUGAUUUCGAGAUGUGCCCCUCUGUA